GAUACUUUUCAAGUUUAACACCGCAACAAACUAUAUUCCAGUCGAAAUGUUUAACGUUGAUUUACUCUCAGACCCCAUACAUCUGCAGAGGUGUCGCGACAGAGAGACUGGAAGACAAGAAAGGGUUUUCAAUGACAAAGUGAGGACCAUCGGGGUUGACAAGGAAGCCUUAAACACACAGAUGAAAGAAAAAGAGAGACAAAAACAGGCAGCUAAAGACGAACUAAGCGCUCAAGAUGCUGGGAUGCUCCAUAACAGCAAAGUAGCCUGCCUCCUCCAUAGCAGAGAAGUAAAGGAGAAGCGUGCGAUGGAAAAGGCCACUGCCGACUACCGACAUCCGUAUCAGCAGCCUCGGUGCCAGCGGGAGUUUGACCUAAAAGAACCAGACCGCAGUAGAGGAACAGACCUAGGUGAUGCACAGAUGAUGCUCCCUGGCCUGGUGGGCGAAGACCCCGACCGUGAGAGCAGACAGCAGAGACAGAAGGAGCAGCUCAGAGAGUGGCUCAUUCAGCAGCAAAGUGAGCGAGCAGCAGAGAGGCACCAACGAAAGCUGGAGGAGCAGCACUGUGACCAAAGCAGAGUAGACAUGGACAACAAAGCUCUGCAGCUUCAGAGCAUUGAGAUGGAGAGGAAAAAAGCAGCAACUAUUGCCACUAAGGAGUACAAUCUGGCCAAGAUUGAAGAGAAGGGUACUUUGAACCAGCUGCGAGGUGAGCUAACAGGCAUAGGUGCUGAACCCACCCUGGGCAUGCUGGGAGUGCCUGGUCUUUGUCCCAGCAGUGAUAGGAGAGUCCCUCCGGAGAGCCUGCAGCAGCUCAUCCAGUUCCAGAAAUAUCAGAUAGAGGAGAAAAAGAGGGCAGAACUAGAGAAAAAGCAAGAGGAGGAACAACAUGAUCGUGUCCGUUUGGUCUCGGGUCGGACAGCUCUGUUAAUAGAGAGGCAGCAGGCAAAACUGAACAAGCAGCUGAGACGACAACUGGACAACACCAAUGUCAAGCUGGCAGAAAUACACAAACAACAGAAACCGGACAUUGAAAGAGGAAGCAUUGACGACAGCUUCUUCUCCAAAUUCAACACCUGCAGCAGAUGAUCGAUGACUGGUGAUGCAUCAGAAGAACAUGAAAUAAACUACG